CAUGUAAACACACCCUCCGUGCAGACAUACAGAAUAAACUGGCAGAGGUAGAGCAGGUCUGUGUAGGUAUGCAAACCGAGAGGACGCAAAAGUGCUGCUUAGACUCCUGAAGAAACCAAUGAAAGUAUCUAUAUCUGGAUCACGAUGGCCACAUUCAACAACACUACCAUCGCCAAUGCCAGCGAUCUGUACUCCUGUAUAUUCGAUGAGACUUUCAAGUACAUUCUCCUCCCGGUGAGCUACAGUCUGGUGUUCGUGUUCGGCCUGGGACUGAACAUCACCGCCAUGUACGUCAUCUUAUUUCGAACCAAACAGUGGAAGCCCAACACCAUCUACAUGAUCAAUCUCAACGCCUGUGACACGCUCUACAUCCUCACUCUUCCGUUUCUCAUCUACUACUACGCCGAUGAGAACGCAUGGCCGUUUGGUGAACUGAUGUGUAAAUUAAUCCGCUUUCUCUUCUACACAAACCUCUACGGAAGCAUCCUGUUCCUCAGCUGCAUCAGCGUGCACAGAUUCAUAGGCGUCUGCCAUCCGGUGCGGUCUUUGUCCUGGACGAAUGCCCGUCGUGCUCGUUUCAUCUCGUUGUGCAUUUGGGCAACGAUGCUCAUCUUCCAAGCCCCGAUCCUUUAUUUCUCCAGGAUGAAAAGCGAUACGAUGGUUUGCUAUGACACGACAAGCAAGGAGCUCUUCAAUGAUUUUCUGGUCUACAGCUCGGUGGUGAUGCUCCUGCUCUUUGUCCUGCCGUUUGGGGUCGUGUUAGUCUGCAACGCGAUGAUGGUUAAGAAACUUCGUGAGCCAGGUGUUGGCGAUGGUCCAAUGUCGCAGAAAUCCAAGCAGAAGUCGGUGAAGAUGAUUAUAAUUGUGCUUGUGGCGUUCAUGCUGUGCUUCUUGCCCUUCCAUGUGAACCGCAGUAUAUACUACGGCUUUCGCUACCUCGAUAAACAGGUGAGCUGCUCGAUGUUGGAGAUCGCCAGCAUGGCCUAUAAGAUCACUCGACCCCUGGCAAGCGCCAACAGCUGCAUUGACCCCAUCCUCUACUUCAUGGCAGGACAGGGCUUCAAAAGCAGCAUCAAGAGGAAUAAAUCACCAGUAGCAAGAUCUGGAAAGAAACCACCUUCAACCUCUUUAUAAUAAGCAGAAAGUCAAUUCGAAGACUACUUACUCAGGGAUGUGACCCAAGGUCAAAGACUGCCGCUAAAGG